UUCCAGUCUCGGCCUCUCUCGAGUACUCUCAUUCCUCCAAUUCAAGAAAUCCGUUUUCCAGUUCUGUUCCUGCAGCUCAGCAUAUGCCGGUUGAGUAUGGUCGGGAACGCGUAGAAAGAUUCAGUCAAGAGUCAGGCAAGGCGAUGAUAAUCGGGGGGACUAAUUUAAAAAAUCUUCGAUGACGCACUAUCUGCCGGUGGUCUGCAUGAGGAAUAUUACACAUUUCGGACGAAUCUCCAGUGCCGACAGCCGCGUCCGUUUCUAAGCGUUUUCGGAGAUUUCCCGAACCGUGCAUAUAUCUUGACAGGUGCCAAUGGAUGUCAGGCCCUGUCAUCCGUGAAACAUGCUUUGCCGAUGGAAGCGUCCGGGGUUAGCUUUUCCGUUCAAGCACCUUGUCCCACCUGGCUGUCCCGCGCAUCCAGUCCGCUGAACUAGGUAUCAAGAUUUCAAACUGAAAAACUGGGACUUAUCUGUCGGUCCUGCUAUUUUGCACUCGGCUAUCACCCGGAAAGGAAGGUUUGAACCGCUGUGGCCGGACUUUGGGGAGUCCUGAAGACUGCCGGUCGCCACUGCUAAGUGUUCCGAGAAUAUAGUUUGUGGAGAUCGAAGCAGUCACGUUAGAGGGACUCUUCUUUCUUAUACCACCACUAAUACGUCUCCGGCUGUGUCAUCAUCGCCCCUUCUUCGCCUACCAUGGCCUCACUGGCUGAGAUUGCCGACACCAUCCUUGUCCUUCGAUAUAUCAGCGUAUGCGGUCUGGUCAUCUUGGUCUGCGAGCACAUCGUGACAUUCGAAGAGGAGCUGCGGGUCAUCUGGAGAAACAAGGCGAUGAGCACGUGGCGCAAGGUCGCGUUCGGGAUAAACCGUUACCUUGUGGAGUCGGUCGUCGCGCUUACGGUCGCGGGUGAGUCCCUAUCGCAGUGCACCCUCCCACUCUCAUACAAACCCAUAUCGCUCAGCUUUCAGUGGUCAGAUAUCCCAACUGACCACAUCCGUGCCUGCCACGCUUUCCUGUGGUACUUUGGCACUGUGCUGAUCACGUUCUCGGCUACGUCCCACGGCCCGUCUUUCUCUAGCAAUGUCCUAUACAUCCUAUCCGUCCUGAUUGUCGGUAUCUUGAGCGUCUCCGAUCUGCAACGCUCCUUCCUAUAUUCCCCCUUCUUCCGAGUGUGUCUGCUGGCGGCCACUCCUCGGGUUUUGGUUAUCGUUUUCGGCAUCCAGACGGGCUGCGAUGUUUCUGUGGUGAUGUUGAUGAUCUACAAUACGCUCGCUCAGCCGCGGAGAAGCAACAGCGAGAUGAAGACGACGCUGCGGAAGGAUGGCGUGCCCUUUCUCGUGGCCAUAUUCGGUCUGCGCAUGCUGUAUAUGAUUAGUGCCAUCACGAUGAAUCCCGGACAAUCGGUUGCAACUGUAGUGCAAGUGAUUUCCCGUCUCACUCGAUUGUCUUACGCUGGAACGCUUUUCAGGCUAUGCUGGAGUAUCAACUGUGUGGUUGGAGUGAGGCUGAAUCUGCGCUUGGAUGCCUUGACUCUUGAGCGAGAGCCGCUCCUUCCUGUCCCAGCGCCGCGAACGAAACUGGACGAGGUGGAGCCGUAUUCCGGCUGGUGGUGA